UUAUGGUCUCUCUCAAAACGACGUCAUCUUCCACUCGACCAGCCAGAUCCAGGGGCGUUUCGUAGACCUCCAAUCGGCCGGACGUUCCGGUUCUCUCCGUCGCUCUCACACUCCGACUCGAUCAGAUAAAUCACAAUCCGAAGACUGAGAGACAGAGAGAGAGAGAGAGAGUGAGAGAGCAGCAACAGCAUGUUUUUGCUGGACUGGUUCUACGGAGUCCUGGCCUCGCUUGGUCUCUGGCAGAAGGAGGCGAAGAUCUUGUUCCUAGGCCUCGAUAAUGCCGGAAAGACUACCUUGCUCCAUAUGUUGAAGGACGAAAGACUGGUACAGCAUCAGCCGACACAGUAUCCUACCUCGGAGGAGUUGAGUAUCGGAAAAAUCAAGUUCAAGGCAUUUGAUUUGGGAGGGCAUCAGAUCGCUCGAAGAGUCUGGAAGGAUUACUAUGCCAAAGUUGAUGCUGUGGUGUACCUGGUGGAUGCCUAUGACAAGGAGAGAUUUGCGGAAUCAAAAAAGGAAUUGGAUGCACUCCUUUCUGAUGAGGCCCUUGCUAAUGUCCCUUUUCUUGUUUUGGGAAACAAGAUCGAUAUACCAUAUGCUGCCUCGGAAGAUGAGUUGCGAUACCAUCUUGGCCUGACCAACUUUACUACUGGCAAAGGGAAGGUAAACCUAGCAGACUCUAAUGUCCGUCCAUUGGAGGUAUUCAUGUGCAGCAUUGUGCGGAAAAUGGGGUAUGGUGAUGGUUUUAAGUGGCUUUCUCAAUACAUCAAAUAGGCUAGUGGUUAGCUAGAUAUUUACGGUCCCCUGUACCUGGAAGUCCCACUAAACGACACCCCAAGGUACCAAAACAUAUAUCAAUUACCCUGUUUGUUUCAGCCUCAAAGUGGCUUUAAAUUGGAUGUAUUGUGUUUGGAUAUGUGUGGAAGGAGGUUUUAGUGUCACUGUUCUUAAGUUUAGUUGUGGUAGCAAAUCUUAUUGACGCUGUAAUUUGUUAUUUGACUUUUUUAAUCUGCUACAUAUUUGUGAUAAGAGUCAUAAAAUAGUAAACUGUAUUUGUUUGAUGUUUCUGGCUGUAUCUGGAAUCAGUUAUAGAGGAUACAAAAGCGUCCAUAUUUCUUAA